UACGUCUCAGAAUUUCUGCUCCGGGGAUCAGCUUCAAAGAGCCAGGAGUUGCAGCGUUGGAAAACCAUGUUAAGGACUGCAAUAGAGGCGAAGCCCAGAUAAAGUAAUGAUGGAUUUUGACGAGCGGGUCCCUGUUGGGUCGAAUAUGUAUUUGCCCAGUUGCACGUACUACGUUUCGGGGGCAGACUUUUCAAGCCUCCCUUCGUUCUUAUCCCAGACCCAGUCUUCUCGCCCAGUGACAUACUCAUACUCCUCGAACCUGCCGCAGGUUCAGCCCGUGAGAGAGGUAACCUUCAGGGACUAUGCCAUUGAUGCGUCCAGUAAAUGGCACCACAGGGGAAAUCUUACCCACUGUUACCCAGCAGAGGAGAUUGUGCACAGGGACUGUCUGCCUGCUCCGUCCUCAAUGGGGGACAUGCUCGGGAAAAACAAUUCCGCUGUCUACCACUCAAGCUCCGGUUCCACGUCCAGUUUCUACGGAAACGUAGGCAGGAACGGGGUGCUGCCCCAAGUUUUUGAUCAGUUUUUCGAAACAGCUUAUGGGAAUGCAGAAAACCCACCAAAUGACUACUCAGGGGAGAAAAAUUCCAACAAGAUGCCUGCUGCACCAGCGCCCGCGCCGUGUCGGGAGACCGAAGGGCAAGAAAGACGAGAUGAGAGCAGCAGUGCCGAGUCCUCUUCCGGCAACAAUGAGGAAAAAUCUAACAGCAGCAGUGGUCAGAGGACUCGCAAAAAGAGAUGCCCUUAUACAAAAUACCAGAUCAGGGAAUUGGAGAGGGAGUUCUUUUUUAGUGUGUAUAUCAACAAAGAGAAACGUCUGCAGCUCUCACGGAUGCUGAACUUAACAGACCGCCAAGUUAAAAUCUGGUUUCAGAACAGGAGAAUGAAAGAAAAGAAACUGAACAGAGAUCGCUUGCAAUAUUACACCACAAAUCCUCUGCUAUAGGAUUUUGUUGCUUUGGACUCGUGUUCCCUUCUGGUGUUUUGACAGCGGCGCCAAAGCAUAAUCGCUAAUUUCAAGUUCGAGGACUCUCGACCGCAUACUGCAAAAUGUGUAUAAAGAGGACAAUCUCAUGGUUGUACAGUAAAUAUAAGUAUACAUGGAUCCCUCAUCGUCACUCAAUGUCCGUUUUCAACUAUGUAUUUCGCGAACGUCGUGACGCCAAGCAUUCUGCUCAUAUUGUUAAAGUCUAAAGUUGCUUGGCUCGUUUUUUAACUUUCUAUUUUAUAAUUGUUUUUAUGCUUUUUUCUACGAUUGAGUUAUAAACAAGAUCAAAUAAGAUACGCGGUCUGAGAAGAAAAUGCGAUGCGAAACAAUUUCAUCAAUUUAUAACUUCUCUAUGACCAAAUCCGAACACACUGCACGUGAAUGCGGUAUACAAUGUUUCUGUCACACGUAUAUUUAUGCACUCAAGUUUAUUUUGAUAUAGUCUGUAUUCCAAUCAGUUUAAGGUUGCUAUCUAAAGAUUGUACUGUCAACUUCAAGAGCGGUGUGGCAUGCAAUGUCUUUUCCCCAGUCGUCCAUGACCCCGUUGUUGGACUUGUAAUUGUGGUGUAGGCCUAAAUAUAUAUUUUAUAUUUUACAGGAUAUAUAGAUGAACGUGUUUUCGCCGGUGUUUUCAUAUUUCCAAGAAAUAUACAGCGACCGCGCAACGUGCAAGGAUAUGCAAAAUCGCUCCAGCUAAAUUAGACGGAUGUUUGAUUUUUUUUUGCAGUCAAAUGAAACCCUAGAACAUAUUCAAAUCCAAUGUAAUUUAUUUAAUUUAAGCUUCUGUAUUAAUGGCAAACACGAAACUUUUGCAUUCGAAAGCGUACCUGUAUGAAUCAGCGAUAGACUUCGUAUAUCUCGGUUACUGUGAAAAAAUAUUUUACAUUACUAUUUUUCGGCAAUAUAGAAAAUAUAGCUGGCGAUUUCCAUUUUGACUUGAUCACGUCAACAAAGCCAAUCGCUGCAUGAGCAUACGUCUCUGAUGUUUUAAUUUCGUUCCGCAUCUUUUAUGAAAAAAACACGUUAGAAAAACACGGCCAACGCGUAAUCGUAGCUUUUUAAUUUUUUCACUGUAUUAUAUGAAGAAAGAAAGGGCAUUGUGAACUGCCGACGGAGUUAAAAUGUAGGAGAUGAGGAAAAGGUGUGAAUGUUUUGAAUGAAACAUUAGCUGUACCUGGUAGGCUAAAGGGGAAAUCUCUAAGCCUAAGAUUCAGUUAUUUGUUAUUACCAUAUUAUGGUUAACAACCCUAUUUGAGAUAUAUCAGAAGCAUUAUAAGAUGCCGUUUUAAUUAUCACUAAAUAUAUUCGCGCGAUAUUUUGUUCGUGAUAUCAGACAGGGUUUGUGCAGCUGUCGGGUAUAUUAUUUGAUUGUCUUACAUUUUUUUCUUUUUAUUGUAAAAUGCAACUUAUUCGCCUUGUUGUAAUGGUAUAUUACGCAUAAUUUGGGAUACCUUAUCUUUUAAUGCAUUUGCGACAAUUGUUUUCAUUCACUGGCUUUGAACUUAAUGUUUUUCAUCAUCACCUAGAAACCUUGAGAAAAUGGGAAAACAAAGCUGCCCAGAUUGACUUCCUCAAAUCGGCUGUCGUAGCCCUCUGAUUUAGAAAUAAAUAUUUAUUUAUCCAGGUUUA